GGUGUGGGGUGGUUCUUUUUUCUUUGUUAGACAAAAAACACAGAGAAACUGAAGAACAAAAAGAAAGAAAGAAAAUAAAAUAGGAAAAGAAAUGUGGGUGGCUUCUGUGUCUCUUUGGGAGACGAGGAAAUGAGAAAAGAAGCUGGGGCAUGUGUAUUUUGUUGAGAUUCCAGAGAGAGAAAAGGUGGCAUUUGUUGGCAGUUGAUGAUUCAGAGAGUUGGUGAAUUCUGGGCUGUGCUUGUUUUCUUGAAAGGAAGAGAGUUGAAAGAGAGAGAGUCCAAGAGAAAUGUGGCUGGGUAGAGGAAAUACAGAAAAGAAGGAAGGAGGAAAUCCUUUGGUAGCAGUGGCAAUAGACAAGGACAAAGGGAGCCAAUCGGCUCUCAAAUGGGCUAUUGAUAAUAUCCUCAACAGAGGCCAGACUGUUGUUCUCAUCCAUGUCAAACUCAAACAAAGUCAUAGUCAUUCUUAUCCAACCGGUGAUGAGGUGGCCAAACUUGAUCACUAUACCAAGGAGUUGUUCCUUCCAUUUCGGUGUUUUUGCACCAGAAAAGAUAUACAAUGCAAAGAUGUGAUACUAGAAGAUACUGAUGUAGUGAAAGCAUUGAUUGAAUAUGUUUCUCAUUCAGCAAUUGAGGUUUUGGUUGUUGGUGCCCCUGCAAAAGGUGGCUUUCUCAGAAGAUUCAAGGCAAUUGACAUCCCUGGAAGUAUAACAAAAGGGGCACCAGAUUUUUGUACUGUAUAUGUCAUAUCCAAAGGGAAGAUUUCAUCCACGCGAUCUGCCUCCCGUGCAGCCCCAGCCAUAUCCCCUCUGCGUAACCAAAUUAUGAACCAAGGGAGCAUCAGACCGGAUCCAUCAGAUUUGCCUAUUCCCCAUGCUCCUAGUUCAAGAGCAGUUGAAAAGCCACCUGUGGAACCACCACGCAGCUCACAUGAUGAUUUCGAACACAUCAAGUCACCAUUCACUAGAGGAGCAAGAGGCCCAAAUGGCAGAUCAUAUGGGGAAAUUUCAUUACCGGAUUCAGAUAUAUCCUUUGUCAGCUCUGGUAGGCCAAGCACUGACCGCAUGUUUCCUCCAUUUUAUGACAGCAACAUUGACUUAAUCAGGAGCAACCCACGGCUCUCAAACAGUUCUGACAUGGAUAACCAAACCUUUGAGUCAUCACAAAUGGGAAGAAAAUCAAUGGAAAUUGGUUCUCCACCUGAAUUCUUAGCAAUUUCCCAGGAAAAUGAUAGGACGUCAUGGUCAUCGCAGUCGGCGGAAGAUGUGGAAGCUGAAAUGAGGAGGCUAAAGCUGGAGCUCAAGCAGACAAUGGAUAUGUACAGUACAGCCUGCAAAGAAGCACUCACAGCGAAACAGAAGGCGAGGGAGCUUCAGCGCUGGAAACUAGAAGAAGAACAGAGGUUAGAAGAGGCGCGACUAGCUGAAGAAGCUGCAUUGGCAAUUGCAGAAAGGGAAAAAGCUAAGUCCAGGGCAGCCAUUGAGCAUGCUGAAGCAGCUCAGAGGAUUGCAGAACUGGAAGCACAAAAGAGAAUCAAUGCAGAAAUGAAAGCAAUUAAAGAAGCAGAAGAGAAGAAAAAGGUCCUGGAUUCCCUGGCACAAACCGAUGUCAGGUACAGGAAGUAUACAAUUGAGGAGAUCGAAUCUGCAACAGAAUUCUUCUCAGAAUCUCGCAAGAUUGGAGAAGGGGGUUAUGGGCCUGUAUACAAGUGUAAUCUGGACCAUACACAAGUUGCAAUUAAGGUUCUUCGACCAGAUGCCGCUCAAGGAAGGUCACAGUUCCAGCAAGAGGUUGAAGUUCUCAGCUGCAUACGCCAUCCUAACAUGGUUCUCCUCCUGGGAGCCUGCCCAGAGUAUGGAUGCUUGGUCUAUGAGUACAUGGCUAAUGGGAGCUUAGAAGACCGGCUUUUCAGGCGAGGAGGCUCUCCACCUCUGUCUUGGCAGCUGAGGUUCCGAAUUGCAGCUGAAAUUGGCACUGGACUGUUGUUCCUCCACCAGACUAAACCAGAGCCACUAGUGCACCGUGACCUAAAACCGGCCAACAUCCUGCUGGACCGCAACUACGUAAGCAAGAUUAGUGACGUUGGGUUGGCCAGGCUGGUUCCCCCAUCUGUAGCUGACAAUGUGACCCAGUAUCGGAUGACAUCAACAGCUGGGACUUUCUGCUAUAUAGAUCCAGAGUAUCAGCAAACAGGCAUGCUGGGCAUAAAAUCUGAUGUCUACUCCCUUGGCAUCAUGCUUCUACAGAUAAUAACAGCCAAGCCACCAAUGGGGUUGACUCACCUUGUUGAAAGAGCUAUUGAAAGAGAUACAUUCGAAGAGAUGCUGGAUCCGGUUGUGCCUGAUUGGCCACUUGAAGAGGCAUUGAGCUUCGCCAAGAUAGCCCUCCAGUGUGCAGAACUAAGGCGGAAAGACAGACCUGAUCUUGGCAAGGCUGUGUUACCAGAACUCAACAGAUUGAGAGAGCUUUCAGAGGAACAUUUGGACCCAACUAUGAUGGGUGGCAGUCAGUACCACUCUACCAACCACAGCCAAGUUUCCUUCCGUCGGGAUGUCGCAAGUGAUCCUCUGCAUGGACAGCGUGGGUACUCUGAAGCUAGCUCCAAGAGCCGAUCAACCUCAUAUUUUUCUGGAAGGUCAGGAAACAGGUUGUGAUAGAGACACAUUUUUUCUUGUCUCCAAGACUCAAAUUCAUUCCCAUCCUGUACAAAGAAUCCAGAGGAGGCGUAGAAGUUCCUAUGCAUGCAUUUGUUGUUUUAUCCUUUUCCUUUUUCAAUAGUUAGGUGACCUUUUUGAACUAUCAUUUAUUUCUUUCCCUGCAGACAAAUAAGAUGAGUAUGCCAGGAAGAAGGCUACCAAAUAGCUUAUAUUUCUAUGUUUACUCGGAAGUAUUACCUUGCCUCUGUCAAUAACCUGAACGUUUAUUUUCAUGUAAAGAGCUUGUUGUUUGUACAAUGAUCUAUAAGAAUGUAAAAUAUAAUCAGCAGAUGGUUGUUGUAGUA